AUGGCCAAGAGAGCCGCCAACAAUGAUGCAGCUCGUGUCAAGAAACGAGGAAAGGCUUCAAAUAUCAACGAACAUGGGGUUCUGCUAGUACCGCCUCCAAAAUCAGUGUCCAACAAGGACCAUAUGCAAAGGCUUAACUACCUUUUCCAGGCGUCUAUAUACCACACAAUGAUCGGGGAUAACGACGAAACUCACGCACUUUCGCGCAUGUACCUGCGGAAUCUCGAUUUAAUUCAAAAAAAGACGAAAAGCUCGCUCACUCCAGGGAUGAAACGUCAAAUUUGCAAGCACUGCCACAGGGUCCAAAUACCCAUGAAAACACAGGACAUUACGAUUGUAAAUGAGAGCAAGAACCAAACCAGAAGGAGUCAGGUUCUAGAGUUGACUUGCAGAUGUGGGUCUAAGAAGCGGUUUCCUUAUGGUCGAGACCCGACUUAUAAGACACAUGCGGAGAAGAGCAGCAUUAUUUACAUUCAGAAGUAG